AAAGUUGUUUAUUAGUCUGAGGCGUACAAUAAAUUACAGAUAUUUGCUAUUUUAUUUAAAAAAUAAUGUCUUUUAACACAAAAGACAUCGUGCUCUCAGAGUCCCGGCCACGGACGCUACUUCUACAAAAACAUUCCGACUACUUGGCGGGGUACGGACUGAAUAAAGAUGACUUCGAGUAUUGCAUGACUGAGUAUCUUCGCAUGUCGGGGAUAUAUUGGACUGUAACAGCAAUGGACCUGAUGGGGCAAUCUUCCAGGAUGCCCAAAGAAGAGAUAAUUGAAUUCAUCACAUCUUGCCAGGACAGUGAAAGCGGGGGCAUCUCUGCCAGCAUAGGACAUGACCCACACUUGUUGUACACAUUGAGUGCAGUACAGAUACUUGCAUUAUAUGACAGAGUAGAUGCAAUUGAUGUUGAAGGAGUAGUUAGAUACAUCAAGUCUAUGCAGCAAGAGGAUGGCAGCUUCUUUGGAGACAAAUGGGGCGAGGUGGACACCCGGUUCACGUUCUGCGCGGUGAUGUGCCUAUCCCUCCUUAAACGAUUAGACGCCGUCAACGUGGACCGAGCAGUCGAGUUCGUGCUGAGCUGCAUGAACUUUGAUGGGGGCUUCGGUUCUAAACCUGGCUCUGAAAGUCAUGCUGGACUGAUCUACUGCUGCGUGGGCACCCUAUCCAUCUGCAGGCGCCUGGACGCGCUGCGCGCCGACGAGCUCGCGUGGUGGCUGUGCGAGCGCCAGCUACCCAGCGGCGGGCUCAACGGCCGGCCCGAGAAGCUCCCGGACCUCUGCUACUCGUGGUGGGUAAUGUCAUCCCUAACAAUGCUAAACCGGAUACACUGGGUCGACAAGAAAACCCUAGAAGAAUUCAUCCUCGCCUGCCAGGACGCUGAAACUGGUGGCUUUAGUGACAGGCCUGGAGACAUCACGGACCCGUUCCACACCCUCUUUGGUCUAACAGGACUGUCACUGCUUGGCAACCCUGGCAUUAAAGCUGUCAACCCUACGUACUGCCUACCUCAAGAAACCAUAGAUAGGUUAAGAUUAGAACCGCAAGUUUUACGUAUUUAGUGUAAAAGUAUUCAUAAAAUAUUUAUUAUUUAUGCAUGGAUUUGUAUAUUGGACAGAGUAAUAAAUGAUUUUUAU